AUGUCCAGAGCAGAUGGACCAUCCGAUGGCGGAUAUGGCAAUAAGCACCGUGCAUUCCUGCAAGCGCUUUUCUCCCGACAGACCAUCAUCCUGGACGAAGCGAAGCCAAUAAUCGCCAAUAUUGAGACCUGCGAGAAUCCUGACCGGCCGAUAGCCAGCGAGGAUGUCGACCAGACGGAUUUUGAGAACUACAUAUACUCCAUCAACAACGAGAUCUCACCCUUCGAUUACGAAAUCCGCAGCUCAAUCCACCAAACCUCCAGGGAGCGAGUUUACGCGCUCAUCAAUACCACUAGCGAUGCUCUCACUCAGAUGUCGACAAUACACACUGCAGAUGAGAUUGCUUUCGUAAAGAGGGUGCUGGAUGCCAUGUUUGACACGCACAAUACCCCCCGAGCAGAAGUCAUGGCCGUUACCAGCAUGCAGGCGCUGAAGCUCUCAAAAGAUCCUCAUCGGAGGGAAACGCAGACACAAUCCGCACAGGGUGGCCUCACAAUGUCCCAGGCCGAAAAGGUCCUGGCGGAUAUGGUGCUGGAGGGAUGGUUCGAACAGAGUGAGAAUGGAUAUUACAGCCUUUCACCUCGUGCGUUGAUGGAGCUGCGGAGCUGGCUUGUUCACACGUACAAUGAGGCGCCGGAGGACGUUGACGAGGGUGAUGAGGAACCUCACGAGAGGGUCAAAAGCUGCGAGCUGUGUCAGGACAUUGUCACAGUCGGRCAGCGCUGUCCGAACCUGCCGUGCAAUGCCCGUUUGCACAACCACUGUGUGAGGAAUAUGUUUCGCGCGCAAAGAGAAAGUGAGAAGUGCCCGACCUGCAGUACGAACUGGAAAGACGCUCCGCCUGUAGGAGAAGAGGCGGCACCCAGAGGCAGUGGCGGCGCGAGAAGACCGGUAAAUGGCACAGGGCCUCGAAGAUCUACGAACGAACCUGCAGUUCGGAGGAGCGCAGUCAUAGAGAUGGAAGACGAUGAGGAUGAGAGCGACGCUGGUAUUGAGUCGGAAUGA